AUGCUUCCCCCAAUCCCAGCUCUGGCGGACUACGGCAUAUCGCCAGACCAUGGGUUUCUACCACCCGAGCCCCCCAUUGACGUGCUGCCCGACCCAUACUAUGCUCGAUGGGAGUGGAUUGUGUCCAACAUCCAGGCCCUCCUGAUCAGCCGACGGAUCCGAGAGGCGGUGGAUCAUAUGCCCAUGCUAUCUGUUUCAUAUCUGCAAGACGACAGCGAGUGGAGGAGGGCGUACGUGGUACUGGUGUUCAUGCUACAUGGUUAUGUCUGGGGCGGAAGCAGGCCCGCCGAGAAAAUCCCUCCCCAAUUGACGGUGCCGCUGUUCGACGUGUGUGAUCACCUGGGCCUGCCGCCAGUCGCGACCUAUGCGGGCGUGUGCCUGUGGAAUUACAAGCCGAUCUUCCCCGACGAACCGGUGGAUGACCUGCGUAACCUGGACAGCAUCAACACCUUCACGGGCUCCUACGACGAGAAGUGGUUCUACCUGGUGUCGGUGGCGAUCGAGGCUCGUGGGGCGCCGUCCAUCCCGCUGGUGCUACAGGCCAUCGCGGCCGCGCGGGCUGGCAACAGCCUCGUCGUGACCGAGUGUCUGCAAGGAUUGGCCGAGGUGAUCGACGAGGUGGGCUCCCUGCUGGAGCGCAUGUAUGAGCACUGCGACCCGUACGUGUUCUACCACCGCAUCCGGCCAUAUCUGGCGGGCAGCAAGAAUAUGGCGGACGCCGGGCUCCCCCACGGGCUGCUGUACGACACUGGCCGUGGUGAAGCAGAGUACCGGCAGUACGGCGGGGGCAGCAACGCGCAGAGCUCGCUGAUCCAGUUCUUCGACAUCGCCUUGGGGAUCGAGCACCGUCCCACGGGCGAGACCACUCGUCCUGGUGGUACCGCCAGUGACGAGCAGAAGGAGGGGGUGGUUGGGGCGCCCCGCCACGGCUUCAUCCAGGAGAUGCGCUCGUAUAUGCCCGCGGCCCACCGCCGCUUUCUGGAGCAUGUGAGCGCGGUCGCCAAUCUCCGGGAGUACGUGGAGGCGCGCCGCUCGGACAAGGCGCUGUGCAUUGCGUACGAUGCGUGUCUGUCGAUGCUGCGCGUGAUGCGCGACAAGCACAUCCAGAUCGUCUCGCGGUACAUCAUCAUCCAGUCGCGCGACGCCCGGCCGGGCCGGCGCGCCACCAGCCCCAAGCGACCGCCCCAGCAGCAGAUGGCGCAGCCGACGAACCUGGCGACCGCCCGCUAUGGGGACAAGGCGGACCCGAAGAAGCUACGGGGCACGGGGGGCACCGCGUUGAUUCCGUUCCUGAAACAGGCGCGGGACGAGACGGGCGAGCCAGCCAUUGACGCGUGGGCGCGCCGCCUGCUGAGCAACGGGCCGUCGGAAUCCAGUUUUGCGGCGCUGAGCAAGGUGGGCGAGAACCACGAUGGGAAUCUCCAGGUGGUGGGCUUGUCGGGGACGUGGGCGGCGGACGAUAGUGAGGGAGGGAUAUGUCAUUGGUAG